AUGGAGACACCGCCGCCGUUCCAGGAGUCCGCCCACUGUGACGUCUACCACUGCCCUUCUCCACCUUCUGCCCAUCACUGCCACAACUGCUGGAGGAUGCUCUGCCACGAGCACUCUUCGUACCACAUGGCUCUGCCGCAGUUCAGAAUAUACACAAACGUCAGGGUCUGCUAUGAUUGCUUCAACAAAUCCUCAAGCAUAAAUGGAUGUUCCGAUAAUUUGGGUCCAGCUGGGAGCAUUUCUAGUGCAACUGAAUCCUUUUCAAGUCUAAAUUUGGGUAAAGAGGAUGCUUCCUCACCUACAAAGAAUUCAUCAGUUCAAAACACGACAGUCCUUAUCGAGUGCAAAUGUGGGAUGCCUUUGUGCAUAUGCGAAGCACCAAAACCGAAACUAGCACCUAUUAAGCAGAAUGUCAGCAAUGUUUCCUCCUCAACCACACAAUCGAACCUGAGACCAAAGAAACCUACUAGCAACCAACAGAAGGGUUCAACUUUGCAUGCAGCACACCCUACGUGA